AUGGUUCUAAUCUCCCUACUGGCUGAGUCGCCAAGAUCUGAAGGACAAAGCACUGCAAUCUCUGAAGACAUUACGUGGUCCUUCAGCGAACGAGUUGCGUCCGCGUGUGUGGACCGCGUCGGGCGGCGGCCUCUCAUGAUCGCCACGUCUCUGUUGGGCGGCGCUGCAGAGGCAGUCGGUGCCCUGUUCCUGCUGGCGGACAUUCCAGGGUCGUCCUGGAUGCCCAUGGCAGCCGUGCUGGUCUUCGUCUCCGCUUAUGGCCUUGGCGUCGGCCCGAUUCCCUGGGCGCUGAUGAGGGAGAUGGUCCCGACGCCUGCGCACUCUCUGGGCAGCGCCAUCUGUAGCUUCUGGUUUUCAGUUUCCUCGUUUGGCAUGAGCUUCGCCUUUCCUUACUUGCUGGAGCCAGCUGGUCUGGGCGCAACGCUGCUGCUCUUCGCCCUCGCCGACGUCGCCAUGGCGCUGGAAGUGUGGGCCUUCCUGCCCGAGACUCGCGGCCGCUCGCUCGCCGACCUUCAGGAUUCCUUCAAACCCAGGGCAGGAACCGAUAUCACUCUGAAUAAAGAAAACAGGCCUCAAUCCUGCUGA